AUGUUCUACACAGCUGACCACCACAGUGUAUGUGAGUGCCACACCAGGCAGAGCAUCCUCAGAAGACAAAAUGUAGUAGGCCCAAUGUCAUACAUUGACAUGUCAAUUUUAUAAUGACUAGUUUACCAUAAUCUCUCGUGGACAGAUGCAUUUAGUUAACACAAUCGGGCAUUUGACGCAAUAACACGAGAUUUUAGUUCUGGGUGUGAGAGUACCAUCUAGCAUCUAGCUAACUACAUUUAUUUAGUUAUCAAACUAACUACCUAACUUUUAUGGUUGAGGGUGAUGGGAUUUUCUAGCUUCAUAUGUUUUAGGAGUAUUUGGCUUUGAUAAAUUUUUAGCCAGGUGGAUCAUAACAGAUUAGACUGUGUUUAGACAAAACAUUAGUCAAAAUACAUUUGUCCUAGAAAGUAAUUUGGGCACAGGCCACAAGAAGUGUUUUGUUGAAAUCUCAAUGGUGGACAGGGUUGCAAGUUGUAGCUAAAAUGUCUAAUCCAAUAACCAUUCAAACCUGUCCAAAAGGGCUGAAAACAAGCUUAUUUUUUUUCUCCCAUAGCAAGAGAGGAGUUGCCACAUUUAUACAAUAAUUUUUUUCCCCAUAACAUAAUCGAGCCAAUUAAGAAGGAAUAUCAACAUAACUUGUAACAACUUUAGAAGCAAAAUUCGGUUUUCAUCUAAAUUAUCAUUCUUGUGACCUAUGACAUGACAUAAUAAACUAAUUUGAAUAUGUCGCAAGAGAAAAGAUAAUUCACCCUUAUUCGCCAGGUCAUUUUCCAUUAAUGGUUGUCGAUUUAACUUGUUUGACUGCUAUGAUUAAGCAAUAAGGUAUGUCAUAUGGAUAAUAUGCCACGGCUAAGGGCUAUUCUUAAGCAUGACGCAAUGCGGGGUGCCUGGAUACAGCCGUUAGCUGUGGUAUAUUGGCCAUAUACCACAAACCCCCAGGGUGCCUUAUUGCUAGUAUAAACUGGUUACCAACGUAAAAGUCAUUUUUUGUCAUACCCAUGGUAUAUGGUUUGCAUUGUUGGUUAAGGGCUUGUAAGUAAGCAUUUCACUGUAAGGUCUACACCUGUUGUAUUCAGCGCAUGUGACAAAUACCAUUUGAUUUGAUUUGGUCUGAUAUACCACAGCUUUCAGCCAAUCAGCUUUCAGGGCUCGAAUCUGCUUUAUAAUUAUAAACGGGGUGGUUUGAGCCCUGAAUUCUGAUUGGCUGAAAGCCAUGGUAUAUCAGACCGUAUACCACAGGUAUGACAAAACAUUUAGUUUUACUGCUCUAAUUACGUUGGUAACCAGUUUAUAAUAGCAAUAAGGCUCCUCUGGGGUUUGUGAUAUAUGGCCAAUAUACCACGGCUAAGGGCUGUGUCCAGGCACUCCGUGUUGAGUCAUGCUUAAGAACAGCCCUUAGCCGUGUUAUAUUGGCCAUAUACCACACCUCUGGCCUUAUGCUUCAAUAAAUCCCUUUUGCGCAUGUACAUAACUGUAGAUAUAUCUGAAAGGGGAGUUUGAGUGAUGAAAGUUGGACAGAGGAGCUCAAUCUCUGAGCAAGAAACACCUGGACAAACUUUUAAAAAAUGAAUGUUAGGCUAUUUUCUCGCAAUUGUGCCAUUAUUAUGUGCCAGUUAAGACUACAAACAGUUAUAAAUGGCCCAUUUGCGAGAUUGACUUGUUAGUUCAAUAGGCAUAGGCUACAGACAAAAAUCUGGGUUUAUGAUUGUAUUUCAACUUGCCAUGGUUUGCUUGGAUAGAUGCAGGUAGCCUAUAGCCCCUGAUAGGCCUACAUGAGUAACCUAGGCAAGAUGUAAACUGAACUAUUUAGCAGCUUGCUUAGUUCAAAUUAACAGACUAAUUUAUUCAACAUGAAUAGUUAGGCGAUUUUCGAGGUAAGUGCUUGUGUUUUCCAAUAGCCUGCUGGAAUAGGCUGAGGAUGGGGUCGUAAUUUCAAUCACUGAAUUAAAUAUUAAUAAUAUGUAUAUGAACUGAAUAUGCUUGUCAACAACAGCCAGUGUUAUUUAUUUAUAUAUAUAAUAUAUAUAUAUAUAUUAACCUGUAGCCUAAUCUGACUGACUGUUAAAUCAAUCUAAUGCUUCUAACAACUGAUCGGCAAUUGCGAUAGAGCUUUGAUAACUUCCAAUUUAAUUAACUGAACAUGGCCAUUAUGAAUUGCAUAAUAACACAAGGUUAAAACAACAAUACACUCAAGUUAUAUGCUAUUUAUUAAAUCCGUUUGCCAGCUCCAGGUAGGCUACACAAGUGGCACAAAUUGAUUUACAAUGACUCGUCAUUUCAACAUAUUUAUUGUUUUGAAUGGUAGCCUACAAUGGCAUAUAAAAGUAUAGGCUACUUGAUGGCCAACAGAUACAAAUGUAUCAUUUGCCACAUUUUAAUGUCAGUUUCAUUAAGGACUUUUCCCCAUAACAGAAGCACGCGAAGGAGUUCCAUAACUUCCAUUUCAAAUGUCCACUCGCGCAUAAUGACAAGUUAAAUAGCCUUCCUACAACUGGUAAAAAGUUGUCAAGACAUGCGUGUGUGCUGCUUUGUCUCAUCUCACUCACGUGACCCAGCCAAUAAUGGACUAAGCUCUCUCAACACACACACACCCCUCCGGCCCUCCCCACCACUCAGCAACAGCCUCACUGCCUGAUAGUCAGCAGCAGCAGGUCACACGCAACAUGCAAGCAAAACAUUUUCACCCGCGACAUCGUUUUUCAAAGUAGCCCAAUUUUGCAAUAAAAAACUGCGAAAAUAGCCACCCUGACGGUGGAGUUCAUUUUGCAUGGCCUGGUGCCCCGGGUGGUUGGAGAUUUCACUUAGGGACCAAUGGAAUAGUCUAAAAUUAGCUAACUCUGCCACCCGGGGCACCAGGCCAUGCAAAACUAACUCGACCACGACCCAUCCCUUCUAGUAAUGUGAUGAAUGUCUAUGGGGCUUCCAGUUGGCAAAGUGUAAUAGAGUACCACCACAGAGUUUGUAAACCCAGAGGCGCAACAUCGCAAGACUUCUGGGAAAGCUUGCGAAACAGACCAAGCAGUCCAGGCCGGGGUUUGGGGUUUGAAAAGUCAAUGAGAGAAGUGAAAAAUUCUUCCUUGGUUGUUAAUUUUGUCAAUCUAAAUGCACAAUCUAGAUUCGAGCCAAUGUCUUAAGUAGUUCAACAUGUUAUUACUCUAAUCUUGUUAAAGUGAAAAACAGAUUUGAUGGCCUGCACAUGCACAGUUCGGCGCGAGACGACCGUUAGACCCGAUGACGUGUUUCUGCGUAUGAGCUUAGCUAGCCAACUUCUCCAUGACAUCGCCUACAAGUGUGAUCAGGGAUUUCUAUUGGAGAAGCAGUUUCUGCCUAUCUUCAUACUGUACUGUCUUUGAUACCACAGUGUUUUCGUUGUAAUACCCAUAAAACCUUGCGGUCAAACACGGAAAUGGUUGCAAUAAUUUUUUCGCCAUUCAUUUCUUCCUAUAGGGGAUUUUAGAACUACUUCCAACAAGGUCUGUUUCAUGUACGCUUUCCCUGGCGGGACUUUUUGACAACCGUGUAGAGUGGACAGACGGAAACCACUCCUCAGUAAAAGGCACAUGACAGCCCACUUGGAGUUUGCCAAAAGGCACCUAAAGGACUCUCAGACCAUGAGAAACAAGAUUCUCUGGUCUGAUGAAACCAAGAUUGAACUCUUUAACGAACACAUUCUCUCUCUCUCUCCGUAGACAUGAUGGAAGAACUGCACAGCCUGGACCCUCGACGGCAGGAGCUGCUUGAGGCUCGCUUCACAGGAGCCGGAGUGGCCAAGGUCUGUCUCUCCAUUCAAUUGUGUCUGCAUCCAUUCUGUGUGUGUGACAGUGCUGCCCUGGCAUCCAGCUUCCUGUGUAUCAAUCAUCAUCUGUCUCAGUAGCACUCCAUGGCAAGGCACCCCACCAGGCACACCCACCCACCCACCCAAUAAUGGAAUAGUCAGCAAGUCAAGGACAAGGAGCCCUACUGCUUGAUGUUACCAAGGGCCUGUGUUGCUAAUUAAAGUACAUUCCAACCCCAAAUGAAUAGGGAAGACAGACUCUCACCAUAUUAAGUAAUUUCAUUCACUUUCAUUUUGGGUUAGCUGGAAUUAGGGUACACAGAAGGUGUGGUAGACUGCUUUUGAGGUCUGACAAACUUUCAUUUUGAUACUAGUUCAGUUGCUACUGUCACAAUAAAUAACACACAACGUUUAUGCCUGAAACUUGUUUAUAUAUAUAUACACUGCUCAAAAAAAUAAAGGGAACACUUAAACAACACAAUGUAACUCCAAGUCAAUCACACUUCUGUGAAAUCAAACUGUCCACUUAGGAAGCAACACUGAUUGACAAUACAUUUCACAUGCUGUUGUACAAAUGGAAUAGACAACAGGUGGAAAUUAUAGGCAAUUAGCAAGACACCCCCAAUAAAGAAGUGGUUCUGCAGGUGGUGACCACAGACCACUUCUCAGUUCCUAUGCUUCCUGGCUGAUGUUUUGAUCACUUUUGAAUGCUGGCGGUGCUUUCACUCUAGUGGUAGCAUGAGACGGAGUCUACAACCCACACAAGUGGCUCAGGUAUUGCAGCUCAUUCAGGAUGGCACAUCAAUGCGAGCUGUGGCAAGAAGGUUUGCUGUGUCUGUCAGCGUAGUGUCCAGAGCAUGGAGGCGCUACCAGGAGACAGGCCAGUACAUCAGGAGACGUGGAUUUUGUGAUUUCCUGAUGAGGUGGCGGAUGGUCUCCUGAGGGAUCUCCUCCCAGACCUGGACUAAAGCAUAAUUACAUAAUUACAUUCACACCCCUGAGUCAAUACUUUGUAGAAGCACCUGGUGGCAAUUACAGCUGUGAGUCUUUUUGGGUAAAUCACUAAGAGCUGUGCACACGUGGAUUAUACAAUAGUUGCCCAUUUAGAAAUUCUUCAAGCGCUGUCAAAUUGGUUGUUGAUUAUUGCUAGAAGACCAUUUUCAGGUCUUGCAAUAGAGUUUUAAGUAGAUUUAAGUCUAAUCUGUAACUCGACUAUUCAGGAACAUUUCACUGUUUUCUUGGAAAGCAACUCCAGUGUAGAUUUGGCCUUGUGUUUUAGGUUAUUGUGCUGCUGAAAGGUGAAUUCAUCUCCCAGUGUCUCGUGGAAAGCCUUCUGAACCUGUGCUUAUAGCUGUAUUUCGUUUCUUUUUAUCCUAAAGAACUCUAGUUCUUGCCGAUGACAAGCAUACCCAUAACAUGAUGCAGCCACCACCAUGCUUGAAAAUAUGACCGGUGGUACUCAAUGAAGUGUUGUUUUGGCUUUGCCCCAAACAUAACGCUUUGUAUUCAGCACAAAAAGGUUUUAAAAUGUAAAAAGGUCCAUUUAAAAUUCAGUCUGUAACACAGCAAAAUGUGGAAAAAGUAAAGUGGUGUGAAUACUUUCUGAAAUCAUUGCAGCACAUAGAAGCAUUUGACAUCCAUUUUCUUGUUGACCAAUGUGUUGUUGUUUCCUCCAGGGUUCAGGAAUAAACGAGUCGUCCAACCAGAGCCUGUGCAGCGUGGGCUCUCUGAGCGACAAGGAGCUGGAGGUCAGUAUGACUACACACCUGUGCGUGUGGCGGUGAAGGAGGACACUUUAUUUUUUAUGAGCAUGGCCUUAUUUCUAGUACAGCAUAUUGGAUGACUCAUUCAUAUUCCAUUAACCCAGCUCAAUGUAACAUCGAUAAGAUUAGGCUACUACAUGAUACUAAAAUGUUCAUGUAUACCAAUCAUGAGGUCGCUACAACAGGUAGAGAGAGAAAUAUGAGUAAUCCAGACAGUGAUACAUUCAAUACCACCUUGCACACUCUUGCCUGCGUCUAGCUGAUCUAGGGUGCAAUUAUUAGUCCAACAGUUGCAAACAAGAGUUUCUAUUGGACAAAUUCAGGUAUGUUUAUCCCUGUUUGGUUCCGCUUGCAAUUGUUUUUCAAAAGAAUCGGCAGAAUAAAUACACCCUGAUCACCCGCACACAGAGUUCACUUUCAUAGCAGCCACAUACAAACAGCAUGAUCACAUAAUUCCUUCUCACAUCUAUUCACUCUCCUCCUCUCACCUUUGCCCUUUGCUUGUGGACUUCAGUGCACAACAAAUCAGCUGUCUGUGACCAGGCAAAAUUAACGCCAAGCCAAACCUUCAUAUCGUAACCGCUAACCUCUACACACAGCCUACAUCAUUAUCACCAAACUGUAUUAGCGAACAUCAUAGUCAACAUAGCUACUAGAACUAACGCGUUAGUAAACCCGCUACAAUCAUGCAGUACAGUCAGCAAGCAGUUUAGCAGUUACAUCGGCGGGGCCCCGGUGGUAAUAAAUUAAUACAACCAAAAGCUUACCUUGACCUUGGAAGAGUUCCAGUGUUGGAUAGCCAUAGCCAGCUAGCUAACAUAGCAUCCCUCUCUGUUUGAACCGGGUGUUUGAGUAGGCUAAACUAGCUCGCUGCAUUCGCUAGCAAAGUGAAAACAAUACUACUAAAUAUAGCUUGCUCUCUCUCCCUCUCUUGCUUCUCCUUAAUUUUUUUAUUAAUAAUUUUGUUCAAAACUGUUUAAUCUUUAAUCAUGUUAUGUACUGCAGUGCUAGCUAGCUGAAGUUAAUGCUUUCAGUACUAGAUUCAUUCUCUGAUCCUUUGAUUGGGUGGACAACAUGUCAGUUCAUGCUGCAAGAGCACUUAUAGGUUGGAGGGCAUCCUACGGAAGUUGUCAUAAUUACUGUGGAAGUCUGUGGAAGGGGGUGAGAACCAUGAGCCUCCUAGGUUUUGUAUUGAAGUCAAUGUACCCAGAGGAGGACGGAAACUAGCUGUUCUCCGGCUACAACAUGGUGCUACCCUACAGACUGCUGUUGAGGCUACUGUAGACCUUCAUGGCAAAACAGUUUGUUUUAUUAAAUUAUUUGCUAACGUGAAUAUAUUUAUUAUAGUUUUAUCUAAAAAUGAUAACUUUUUUCAAUGUAACUUUUUAUUUUUAUUAAAUUCACUGAGGAGGAUGGUCCUCCCCUUCCUCCUCUUAGGAGCUUCCACGUGCAUGUACACACACACACAAUUCAGUCCCAUUCAAAAUACUAUUUUCCCUAACCUUAAACCUAGCCCUAGCUCCUAACCCUAACCCUAGCUCCUAAACCUAAUUCUAACCUGAACCAUAAACCCCCUAGAAAUAGCAUUUGACCUUGUGGGGACUAACAAAAUGUCCCCAGUUGGUCAAAUGUUUGUUUGUUUACUAUUCAUGUGGGGACUUCUAGUCCCCACACAUAUAGUUAAACACACACACACACACACACACACACACAAUCAAUGGAAAUUAGGUAACCCAGAAAAGAGGGACACAAGUUAUUCUGUAGUUGUCUUUCUUCCAAUGGUGUGUACUGUGGGAUCCCUUUGCUUAGACACCAGAGAAGAAGCCCAGUGACCAGAGAACCAGGAAGAGGAAAGGAGAGCAGUACGAUAAGGGAGGCGCAAGAAGUCACAAAAUUAGCGAUUACUUUGAGGUGAGUGAAAAAUUCAUGACGUGCGCAGCUUUCUUGCUAACAUAUGGCUUACCUGCAUGUGAAGCACUUUAAUUAACGCUCUUGAUUUGAAAUACAUCAUUUCUUCAGACUCUUUGUCUGUGCUUGUACAUUCAUCCUUCAAUUGUUCAAUCAUUUCUCUCUGUUUCUCUCGCGCGCACGUGCUUUGGCUCAGUUUGCCGGUGGUAGUUGCCCUGCUACCAGUCCGGCGUGGGGCAUCCCUCCCCUGGUGCUCUCUUCCUCUCAACACUCACACUCUAACCCCCCAGUGGCGGUGAGCACCAGCUCUCUUUAUGCUCCCUCACUUAACGACUAACAUAACUAUCAGUGUAGAUCAAUGGGAACAGUCUGAAAUGUCUCUCCCCCCUUCUUUCUCAUUAGGUUCAGCAGGGCAGUCCGUCAUCCACCGGCUCAGCAGCUCCCGCCGAGCCCUCCUCUUCCUCCUCCUCCAGCUCUCUGAAGCCUGCUCUACUCCACUCCUCCUCCUCGUCCUCCUCCUCGUCCUGCCACAAAUCUACUCAGGUAAACAGCCCUGCCUGGCCUGGCCUCCCAACUUACCUGACAUGGCUAGAUAGGGUGGUCUCCCCUGGCACAGCUCACAUCCACCUCUGCCAUAUUAGAAUGCGCUGUUGUUGUGCCACUCCAUACUAGGCAGUUGAAGUAAUCCUAUCCUUAACUUGGAAAUAAUUGGAAAGCUGGUUAUUGACCACCAGCCUAACUACGCAUUUGUUGAUUAAUCAACCCUAUUGAUGGAUGCAUUGUCCCUUCUGUCAUUAGUGCCUUUUCUAUUAACUUUUCUCAAACCCCACUCUCUCUCUCUCUCUGUCUCUCCAGUCGGACUUGACGCUUGAGAAGCUGACAGCAUUAGAGAACAACAAGAACUCUGACCUAGAGAAGAAGGAGGGACGGAUAGACGACUUACUGAGGGUAAGACAUUGUUUCACAUCUUUAUCUCUUUCUACGGAUUUGGAGUUACUCGGUAGAAUAAAAACUUUUGUACGUUUUAUCACAGGUGUGUAGGAGAAUCCAAAAUGUUUAAUGUGACCAAAACGUUGCUUGUUUAUUUGCAAAUCAUCUGAGUUUACCUUUUUUGUCUAAUUACAUCUCCCCAGCUUGUCAAAUGAUAUCUCCCGAGUGGCGCUGUGCCACUAGAGAUCCUGGUUCGAAUCCAGGCUCUGUCAUAGCCGGCCGCGACCGGGAGACCCAUGGGGCGGCGCACAAUUGGCCCAGCGUCGUCCAGGGUAGGGGAGGGAAUGGCUGGCAGGGAUGUAGCUCAGCUGGUAGAGCAUGGCGUUUGCAAUGCCAGGGUUGUGGGUUCGAUUCCCACGGGGGGCCAGUAUGAAAAGAAAAAAAUGUAUGCACUCACUAACUGUAAGUCGCUCUGGAUAAGAGCGUCUGCUAAAUGACGUAAAUGUAAAUGUUGGGUAGUUACUUUGAUAGUAGCUGUAGGUGUCUGAUAACUAGGGUUGCAAAAUUACUACUGAUAACUGUAUACAAACACACAUUGUUUUUUUAGGCUAACUGUGACCUGCGACGCCAGAUAGACGAGCAACAGAGGGCGCUGGAGCGGUGCAAGGAGCGCCUCAACAAGUGUGUGACCAUGAGCAAAAAGCUGCUUAUCGAGAAGGUGAGUGUCUGUAUUUCCAUGGGCACCCUUGGUCCUAAAUGUCCAAACAACAAACUGAUAUGGUCAAACUUCAAAACUAGCAGUACUUGGUGCAAAAUCGAUGCUGAGUGGCAUAAGGGUCUGUUCACACAGCAGAAGAAGCACAACCUGGCUCAAGAUAAAUUCUAACCCUGGAGUACUAGCUACCUGGUAGUUAAAAUGGCAAUUCCACCACUUCAACCUCAUUUUAGUUAUCUCCAGCACAAUACCAGUGUGUACAUAUGUGAAAAUGGUGCAUUUCUAUGUUUUGUUGGAAAAAAAUAUCAAGUUAUAAAGUUCUACCCGAUGACAUCGUCAAAAGUUAAAACAGUGAUUUUUAAAACGUGAGUUUCACAGUUAGACCCUCCCUCUGGCUAGAAACUCAUUGCAGGUUUUGAAAAUCACUCUUUUUAUUACUUCCCAGAACCAUUUUUUAGGACCUUAUCUUUUUAACCAUAGAUCAUAGAAACGUGCCAUUUUCACAUAUGUAGACAAUGGUAUGGUGUUGAAGAUAAUGAUUAUGAGGUUGAAAAGUGGCAGAAUUGCCCUUUAAUUAAUUGGCGAGAGGUUCAUAGGUCAAAAUCAGAUCCUGAUUAGAAUUAAAGAAUUGUAAUCAGCUGUGUGUGUGUGUGUGUGUGUGUGUCCAGUCGAAGCAGGAGAAGAGGACGUGCCGGGACAAAAGCAUGCAGGACCGCCUGCGACUGGGCCACUUCACCACCGUGAGACACGGAGCCUCCUUCACCGAGCAGUGGACUGACGGAUACGCCUUCCAGAACCUCAUCAAGUCAGUACAAACACACACUCUCAACCUCUUCAAGUGAACACACACACAGCUUAGAGACACACAUACAUACACUGUACACCCAACACAUAGAAAUCAAUAGAAUAACUAUGAUUUCUAUGGUCCAGCACUGUGCCACCCUCACUGCCCCUCAUUGUGUCUGCCUCUCUGUGUGUGUGUUCCCAGGCAGCAGGAGAGGAUAAACUCUCAGAGGGAGGAAAUAGAGAGACAAAGGAAGCUGCUGGGUAAGAGGAAGCCCUCCACCUCCUCCAACACCACCACCACCACCACGGCCCAGAGCCUCACCCUCCUCACCACCCCCAACACCAUGGAGCCUCCAACCACCCCCAACAGCUCCGGCACCAACAAACGCAAGAACAAGAGCAACGGACAAGACAACGAAGCGUAAGGAAGAAUUGUACCUUUGGCUUAUCUUUGAGUGGGUCAUGUUCAUUCGGAAACAAAAUGGAAGAAAACAUAGGGAAACGGGGAGGGACUACCUGAAUUUGUCCAGUAAGAAAGACUCCUUUUCAUUUUCUGUUGCAAAAUGUUUUCCCUUGAGUGUCCUUAUGAACACGACACAGAUAUAGGGAAAAGGGUGUCCCAAUCCCAAAUCGACCCUAUGCCCUUGUAGGAAUUUGAGACUAUUUAAUUGAUAUAGGUAAUAUGGUGAAACUUCCACCUAGCCUAUCAGAGGACAAGUUGGAGCUAUUACGAUAUUGCUUACACCUGUUAAAUCCAUUCAGAUCUCCACAAGUACAGAGGGUCUAGAGGUCAAUUUGGGAUUUGGCCAGUGUUGUUGACUUAUGUCAAGCCCCCACAGUAUGAGUUUGGAACGAUAGUGGCACGAUUCAUGUGUCGCAGCAAUUUUUCAUGACCUUUAGGUCAUUCACGAAAAACAGUCGCACACUACUCCGCGGCUGUCCUACCUUAUCGGUGACUAAAACCAGACUGUUGCCCUUUGCCUCCCUCCAUAGGAUCCAUGAGAUUUAACAAUAACGUUUGACCGAAUGUAAACUUCCUGCCUCCCCCCAUUGUCUCACUCAGUAACUUUCCAUACACAUAGUUUUAUCCACCCUCCAUUGACACCAACAUAUACAUUCAUUAUACAUGUAAAGUAAUCAAUAAGUUCUAGUAUGGUAUCAUGAAUAAGUCUAUUUCAAGCUAGAAUCCAACAAGGGUAAAAUAUGCACAUCCAAGUUGUUCAGGUGCAAGCUUCCACACAGGUGUAGCUGGUCCAUUAAUUAAGCACCUAACUGGGACAGUGUUCAGUAGACACGAAACAAAAUAAGAUUACUUUGUUUUAAAGUUGACCCUUUGUCUUUGAACCACACAGGUUGUCGCUUGCAGAAUAUCACGAGCAGGAGGAGAUUUUCAAACUUCGGCUUGGGCAUCUAAAGAAGGUACUGUCCUCCUUUCGCUGUCAUCUCUGCAAGAAACAUAGGAGAAAUGCAAUACACAAUAAAUCCAAACAAUACUGUCAUCAGACUAACAAGUGUGUGUGUGUCUCCUGUAGGAGGAGGCAGAGAUCCAGGCAGAGCUGGAGAGGUUGGAGCGUGUCAGGAACCUCCACAUCCGGGAGCUAAAGAGGAUCCACAACGAGGACAACUCCACGUACGCUCCCCUUUGCCUUCAUCUCUUUUUCUGCAUUCCAUUCCAAUUACCAAACUCGUUCUCACUGCAAAGCACUAGCACACCUGAUUUAUGCCCCGCACAUUGACUCUGUACCGGUACCCCCUGUAUAUAGCCUCCCUACUGUUAUUUUAUUUUACUGCUGCUCUUUAAUUAUCUGUCAUUUGUAUUUUUUACUGAUCUAUUUUUUUUAUUAACUGCAUUGUUUUUUAAGGGCUUGUAAGUAAGAAUUUCACUCUACGGUCUAGGUCUACACCUGUUGUAUUCGGCGCAUGUGGCAAAUAAAAUUUGAUUUGAUUUGAUCAUGGUCCCAAAGAUUAAAGGCAGGUUGAUGUUUAUUGUCAUGAAUCUUGCCCUGUAGGCAGAACUGAGAGAUUUCCGCUAGCUGGGCCAGCUGUAAAGUCAAAAUUGGCUAUAUUGUAAAAAUUCAUGAAAACAAAAAUGUAACCUUAAUUUAAGGUUAGGGUUAGGCAUCAGAGUUGGCAGUGUGGUUGGGGUUAAAAUACGAUUUGAUGACUUUGUGGCCACACCAGAUAGUGACCACUCUGCAGAGCUUUAUCCAGGGAAAGAUUCAUGACAAUAAAUACCAACCUGCAGAUUGAAGACCUUGAUUAUUUGAAUCUAGUGUGUUUAGUGCUGGGCUGGAGCAAAAGCUAGCACAUCCUGUAGCUCUCCAAGACCAGCCAGAGUACACAACAUUUGGAGUGGGCUGUCCUGUUGUAUGUUUAUCAUCCUGGAAUGUAGCAUGUACCUGUUCCUUUGAUCAAUCCUCAUUCAGAAAUUGACCUGUGGUCUCCCCCUCUCAUCAGAUUUAAAGACCACCCCACGUUGAACGACCGAUACCUGCUAUUAUAUCUGCUGGGACGAGGUGGCUUCAGUGAAGUCUACAAGGUGACCACUUUUAGGCUUGGUGUCAGUAAACGUCAGCAAAGAACUAAAGAAAAUUGUUGCCAACAUCACCGUCACUGACUCUAGAUAACAUGAAAACAGUCUAACCAGCUCUGCCAGGGCAAGUAAAAUGGUCAGUGUGGUGUUGUCGCAUUUGUUUCUGGAAGUUGCUAGCAAACUAGCCAACGUUAGCCAGUUAGCUUGGGUGCUCAACUGCCGUUGUGAGAUUAGAACGCUCAGAUUAACCCUACUUCUUGGCCAGAGCGUCCAGUGUUUGCUCUAAGCGCUCAGAGUGAACGAACAAUCUGACAACGCUCAGAAUUUACGAACGACCCAGAGCGCACUCUGUAACACUGGAGGCAAUUUACGAAGUCCAUCCAUCCAUCCAUGCUAUGAACUGAAUAUUGCUCUAUAUCAUUCCAUUGGUUUGGUCUGACUCUGUAUUUACUCUGUGUUCAUCCCUAGGCCUUUGACCUAACCGAGCAGAGAUACGUGGCGGUUAAGAUCCACCAGCUCAACAAGAACUGGAGGGACGAGAAGAAGGAAAACUACCACAAGUAAGGAAGCCUGCGGCUGGGCGGCCAUGUUGUGUCCGCCAAACAGCCCUCGCAGUGCACAGGAUAAUCAUUUGAAGUAGACUGGAAAGCACUUAAUGGAAAACGAGUUUGAUAUACUGCUGUUGGCGGUUUUAUCAUAUACAAUGCAGUUUCUCGCUUUUUACUUUAGAUUUGAGUAAAUAAUUGCUGCCUUCUCAAGGAAAUCAUCCAAGAGAAAUUCUAAGAUAAUUGACGCUACAAUAUUCUUAGAAGUAAGGUAAUACUAGUAAAUCAGUUGUGUUAUGCGUACAGAAAAUGUUGCCUCCAGUCGUUGGCAGUGUUUUAAAUAUUUGGCUCUGCCCAUAAAAUAAAGGCUUUGAACUUAAUCACACACAAACUCCUUGGAUGGUUAAUGCAUAUUUGGUUGAUGUAAUACCCCCUUAUUCUGUACAUCCAAUAUCCGGUUGUUGGGAUUUUCCACGAUGUUCUUGGCUGUAUAUCUUCAUGUGACUGCUUAGGUCCGACGCUGUAGACAUCUUCUCUGUGUGUGUGUGUGUGUACUGUGUUAAAUCACUACAGUAUUUGACCUUAGUGCAUUCAUGUUUGUUUCAGGCACGCCUGCAGAGAGUACAGGAUCCACAAGGAACUGGACCAUCCCCGAAUAGUCAAACUGUAUGACUAUUUCUCACUGGACACAGACUCGUAAGUCACUCAAUCACUAACUCAUUGAUGAAUAGGAACUUUCAUCCCUGCCUUUAUUCGUAGGCAAUCUAGUCAAUUUAGCCCUUAGUUCUGUGUCUGUAUGGUGCUUCCCAUUUUAUUAUAUGGUUUUCUCCUAAUUUUAAAAGGCUUUAAUGUGUGUGUUCUCCACCCCAGGUUCUGCACAGUACUGGAGUUCUGCGAGGGCAACGACCUGGACUUCUACCUGAAGCAGCACAAGCUGAUGUCUGAGAAGGAGGGCCGCUCCAUCAUCAUGCAGAUCGUCAACGCACUCAAGUACCUCAAUGAGAUCCGCCCGCCCAUCAUCCACUAUGACCUCAAGCCAGGUCUGUCAUGCCACGGUCCCUGACAACCCUUACCCUAACCAACCCCUGAUAAUCCUAACCUAAAUCGUUGUGGCAGUAGGCUUGUGCUGUGCAGGAGUGACCGGGUCAAAUAUAUACAGUACCAGUCAAAAGAUUGGAAACAAGUACUCAUUCCAGGGUUUUUCUUUAAUUUUACUAUUUUCUACAUUGUAGAAUAAUAGUGAAGACAUCAAAACUAUGAAAUAACACAUAUGGAAUCAUGUAGUAACCAAAAAAGUGUUAAACAAAUCAAAAUAUAUUUUAUAUUUGAGACUUCAAAUAGCCACCCUUUGCCUUGACAGCUUUGCACACUCUUGGCAUUCUCUCAACCAGCUUCAUGAGGUAGUCACCUGUAAUGCAUUUCAAUUAACAGGUGUGCCUUCUUAAAAGUUAAUUUGUGGGAUUUCUUUCCUUCUUAAUGCGUUUGAGCCAAUCAGUUGUGUUGUGACAAGGUAGGGGUGGUAUACAGAAGAUGGCCCUAUUUGGUAAAAUACCAUGUUCAUAUUAUUGCAAGAACAGCUCAAAUAAGCUAAGAGAAACACCAGUAAAUCAUUAAUUUAAGACAUGAAGGUCAGUCAAUACGGAAAGUUUCUUCAAGUGCAGUCGCAAAAACCAUCAAGCGCUAUGAUGAAACUGGCUCUCAUGAGGACCGCGACAGGAAUGGAAGACCCAGAAUUAACUCUGCUGCAGAGGAUAAGUUCAUUAGAGUUACCAGCCUCAGAAAUUGCAGCCCAAAUAAAUGCUUCUGAGUUGAAGUAACAGACACAUCUCAACAUCAACUGUUCAGAGGGGACUGUGAGAAUCAGGCCUUCAUGGUCAAAUUGCUGCAAAGAAACCACUACUAAAGGACACCAAUAAGAAGAAGAGACCUGCUUGGGCCAAGAAACAUGAGCAAUGGACAUUAGACCGGUGGAAAAACCCUUGAAUGAGUAGAGUAGGUGUGUCCAAACGUUUGACUGGUACUGUAUAUGUCAAACACUUGACGGUAUUUGAGGUGCACUAGAUUUAGCUUGGAUUUUACACCUUUGGGACUAUUCCAUUGGUUCGACUUGCAAACUAAAUAGAGCGCAGCUUAUUUGAAAGUAUUUGAUUGUGUUUGACCCUGCUGUGACGUCCAAGCAUAUCUGGGUAUUAAAUUAGCCGGUCCACUAUAGUCUUCCCUUUUUAUAGGAUUUUGUAGCAGACACCAAAUAAAGUUCAAGGUAAAAUGUAUGUAUCAUAUGCAAUGUUCCCUCUAAUUUUUUUCAGCACUGAGCAAAUUUCAGGUCUGCUGAGCUCAAACUUGAACGUUGUGAAAAUUCUGUGCAACUUCCAGCACGCGUUUACUGUAAACACUGAGGCUGUACCCGCUUUUAGUUAGUUUUAAGUGGCCGAGUAGGCUACUGUGGCUAUUUUAUCAUAACAUAGGCCUACCAGAGUGGCCUACCAUCAACUAUGGCGAAAAUGCAUCCCAUAACAUUUUAACAUGGAAAUAGCUGUUCUAUCAUUCAGCCUAAAGUAGCAGCCAAUGUGUGGUGUUCAAUGUAGACCUACAUUCCAUGAGACUUUUGGAAAAAAAACAUGCAGGGCUUGACAUUAACCCAUUUAUCCACUUGAGGUGACUUAAAAUGUUUUUUGAUGCAAGAAACCACUUUACAAAAUAUAUUACGUUAUUAUUCCCAUACCAUUAUUACUGAGAAUUAGACAAAUUAUGCUACCCUUUGCCUAUUGGUUACUUAGCUUAUUCAAGCCUGUCUCAAAAUACAACACUGCCUUUAAUACAAAAAAAAAAGCUCUUUACCUGACUCUCUUUUCAAAGAUGUCUAGAAAUGUAUACGUUUUGUGCUCUUGUAGGAAGCAAUCCCUCCCCUAAUGCUGACUACAAAUGAUCUAUAACUGGGCUAAUAACUAACUAGCAAAGGAUAUUAGCAAAAUGUGCACACAUGGCAACAUGCAGCUCUCACUUUGAGUAAGUAAGUGGCACAGAUUCGUAUACGGCAGUGGUCUAUUUGUAUAUAGGCCUACUGCAGCUCUGAUUGGUUAUACCGCACCGGUCUGUGUAGAGUACGGGCUAAGUCGUGCGUGUCAAUGCAAUAGAAUCCUACUCCAUGCAUUCUGCCUACAACAAAAUCUCUUGCAUAGUUAGUUUUGUUUCGGUAUGUUGCAUUGAAAGUGACUAAUAUUGCGUUGAUUCAAUCACAAUUGCCACAGUAAAGGGAAACAUUGAUAGUGUUAACUAACAGGGAAAACUUUAGAAAGUUGAGUAAAGUUCAAUCUCAUGCUUCUCUCCGUGGGCUGAUAUUGUAUUUCUUCUGCGCGGCAGUCUCCGCUUCUGCGCACCCACGCAACGCAUGCAACUUAGAGGGAAUAUUGACCAUAUGUAUGAAAUACAAUGAACUGCUUACUCACAAAUUACCUCUCAAUAAUCAAAAGAUUCAUCACAAUGUGUGUUUGACUACAUUUCCCAUAUCUCCCUCUCCAUAGGCAACAUCCUCUUGGUGAACGGCACGGCAUGCGGCGAGAUCAAGAUCACCGAUUUCGGCCUGUCCAAGAUCAUGGACGACGACAGCUACAACUCUGUGGACGGGAUGGAGCUGACCUCCCAGGGAGCAGGGACUUACUGGUACGCACUUACACACACACUUGCAAGCACACAUACACGUGUGCAAGCAAAACACACACAUACACACAAAGUUUCCAUUGCUGACUGUUGUAACAUUCACACACUCAAUCUACAUUGAAAAAAAUAUAUACAUUUUACAUGCAACAAUUUAAAAGAUUUUACUGAGUUACAGUUCAUAUAAGGAAAUCAGUCAAUUGAAAUUCAGCAGGCCGUAAUCUAUGGAUUUCCUUAUGAUCUGUUGGUCACAUAUACUGUAUCUUUUUAAAAAAAGGUAGGGGCUUGGAUCAGAAAACCAGUCAGUAUCUGGUGUGAACACCAUUUGCCUCAUGCAGCGCGACACAUCUCCUUCGCAUAGAGUUGAUCAGGCUGUUGAUUGUGGCCUGUGGAAUGUUGUCCCACUCCAAUGGCUGUACGAAGUUGCUGGAUACUGGCGGGAACUGGAACACGCUGCCAUACACAUCGAUUCAGAGCAUCCCAAACAUGCUCAAUGUGUGAGUAUGCAGGCCAUGGAAGAACUGGGACUUUUUCAGCUUCCAGGAAUUGUGUACAGAUCCUUGCGACAUGGGGCCGACAUGGCGACGGAUGAAUGGCACGACAAUGGGCCUCAGGAUCUCAUCACGGUAUCGCUGUGCAUUCAAAUUGCCAUCAAUAAAAUGCAAGUGUGUCGUUGUCCGUAGCUUAUUCCUGCCCAUAGCAUAACCCCACUGCCACCAUUGGGCACUCAGUUCACAACGUUGACAUCAGCAGACCUCUCACCCACAUGACGCUAUACACACUGUCUGCCAUCUGUCUGGUACAGUUGAAACGGAUUCAUCCUUGAAGAGCACACUUCUCCAGGGUGCCAGUGGCCAUCGAAGGUGAGCAUUUGCCCACUGAAGUCUGUUACGACGCCAAACUGCAGUCAGGUCAAGACCCUGGUGAGGACGACGAGCACACAGAUGUCCUUCCCUGAGACGGUUUCUGACAGUUUGUGCAUGGAACAUUUCUGGGAUCUUUUAUUUCAGCUCAUGAAACAUGAAACCAACAUGUUUACAUGUUGCGUUUAUAUUUUUGUUCAGUAUAAUUUACUAACUAAUUAUAAUGCCCCCUCUGCAGGUACCUGCCCCCAGAGUGUUUUGUGGUGGGGAAGGAGCCCCCCAAGAUCUCCAACAAGGUGGACGUGUGGUCGGUGGGGGUCAUCUUCUACCAGAGCCUCUACGGACGCAAGGUAAACACACAACGCUUGAAUUGAUUCCCCUUCGCACACUGUGUGUCCUUGCAAUGUUUUGCUAACAUCAUGCCUGACAAAUGUCACUGUCUGAAACUUUACUCUAGAACCAGUUGUGUAAGUCUGGUAGGGAGGCUACUGAAACUCUACAUUUUAAUAAAUAUUUAUUUGCUAGUCCCUUCAACCCUUCUGCUUUUGUCCUUUCAAGCAACAAUGAUCUUGAAAGUCUUGGAGUUUGUAGGCUUUCAAAGAACUCCUGCCUCAUUUACCCUCUUUUCCCCCUCUAUCGCUUUUCUGUCUCUCUCCGUAAAUCUCUAACAUUCCUUUUCUUCCUCUCUCCAGCCGUUUGGACACAACCAGUCCCAGCAGGACAUCUUGCAGGAGAACACCAUACUGAAAGCCAAAGAGGUGCAGUUUCCCCCCAAACCUGUGGUCACCACAGAAGCCAAGGUACGCAACACACAUUUGUAAACACACACUUACUUGCAUGCACACAAACAUUCACACUCCGUCACUCUACCGUUCUCUUUCCACGCACACACACAAACUUUCAUUCACUCGCACACACACACUCUGUCACAGUCCGCUAAACCAUGUAAUCAAACUCCCAUCUCUUUAACUCCUCACAAUCGUUUACCCAGAUUAAAUUGUAUAGUGAGUGAACCAUCCACCAUUCCUUUAACUUCACAAAAUAAUCAAAAAGUUUGAUGCUUGGGAAAAUGGUCACAACGAGGGACCAGCGUGUGUGUGUUUCAGGGUAGGGGGGUGUGUCGAGCUCCAUCAGCUAGGACUAGACAUUGGAUAAUCAAAUCUCCCCAUUCUUGCUCAAUUUUGCAUGCAUUCUGUCGUGGACAAUUUUAGUACUGAGAGAGACUUGUCAUUUCUUUAACAAUCAUCUUUAUUCAAUAUCGAUUUAAUUAUUGCAAUAAUGAGACUGGUCGACCCAACAUUCUUGACUGUUGGCCGAGAACCUUUACAGAAAAUGCUGGUUCUUAUAUAGCUGACACUUGUUAGCGCAAGCUAUCUCUAGUGACCAUACGCCCAGAUUAGCUGCAGGGAGCUAGAGUGGAGACCAUGAAAACACUGCAUUCGUAGAACAGAAAUGACUUACUAUUUGUUAUGUAUUAAUAUCAAACACAUUUUUCUCUCACACUUCUCAAACAGAUACAACUGUAUAUUCAUUCACACAUCAAGUCUUCUCUUAAUUUGGGCUCUAAUGGAGCAACUGUUGAACAUCUGAGCUUGUGGUUGUUUUGUGGGGAGUGUGUAUGAGUGUGUGUAUCCCACAUCUGUUGCUAUAGGGUAAUGAUGUUAGGGACUACAGGAUGAAUCUCAAUUGUUUUCCAAAAUAAUAAUUGCUUGCCAAAAAUGUAAUUUUUGUAAUGCCUAUCCUGGUUAUAGGUAACAAUCCUUCCUAUGAACUGCCUACAUUAGUAUGCAUAUUAUUCGUUAAUUGUGGAAAUAAAUUAACUGUAAAUAAAUAAAAUAACUGUAUACAAUGCAAUUGAGGUGAGGGCGUUGGAAAUGCUUUUGGCAGGUAAUCUGCAUUGGUUCUGUGGGUGGCACUGUGUGCUCUUUUUAAAGGAUGGGGGGGGGGGGGCGAAAUAUACUUCUCCCAUGGGGCAAACAAACUCAAAAGGGGUGAUGAUAUUAAUGAACAAUAAUUUGGAUCAAAAUGUGCAAAUUGUUCAAACAGAUCCGCAAGGUAGAUGGAUUCUUUUAAAUAUGUUAUUGGACCAUAAACAGAUUUGGCUCGUUAAUCUAUACGGUCCAAAUAAUGAUAAUCCACGCUUCUUUGAAAAUAUAUAUACAAAUGUAUUAUAAAAUUCUAGCAAAAUGCAUUGAGUAUGGAAUUAAAAAGGUAUUGUAGGAUAUUAUUCAUUCUAAUCACACAUGUUUUUUACAUGGACGAUACAUUGGAUAUAGUAUAAGGCAAGUACUGGAAACGACUAGAAUUUAUAUAUAAAUGCCUGGAAUAUUUCAAUUUUGGAGAAUCUCUUAUACAAUGGGUUAAGGUUAUGUAUAGUAACCCUAGGUGUAAAAUAGUAAAUAAUGGCUACUUCUCAGAAAGUAUUAAACUGUCACAAGGAGUAAAACAAGGUUGUCCACUAUUGGCAUAUCUAUUUAUUAUGGCCAUCGAAAUGUUGGCUAUUAAAUAAUAUCAAGGGGCACUAGAAAUCUAGGGCUUAAAAACAAAGGUGUCAUUGUACGCUGAUGAUUCAUGUUUUCUUUCAAAUCCACAAUUUGGAUCCUUCCACAGCCACAUACAGGAUCUAGAUAAUUAUUCUAACCUCUGGAUUACAACCAAAUUAUGAUAUACAGUGGGGAGAACAAGUAUUUGAUACACUGCCGAUUUUGCAGGUUUUCCUACUUACAAAGCAUGUAGAGGUCUGUAAUUUUUAUCAUAGGUACACUUCCAAAAUCCAGAAAAUCACAUUGUAUGAUUUUUAAGUAAUUAAUUUGCAUUUUAUUGCAUGACAUAAGUAUUUGAUCACCAACCAACCAGUAAGAAUUCCGGCUCUCACAGACCUGUUAGUUUUUCUUUAAGAAGUCCUCCUGUUCUCCACUCAUUAUCUGUAUUAACUGCACCUUUUUGAACUCAUUACCUGUCUAAAAGACUCCUGUCCACACACUCAAUCAAACAAACUCCAACCUCUCCACAAUGGCCAAGACCAGAGAGCUGUGUAAGGACAUCAGGGAUAAAAUUGUAGACCUGCCCAAGGCUGGGAUGGGCUACAGGACAAUAGGCAAGCAGCUUGGUGAGAAGGCAACAACGGUUGGGGCAAUUAUUAACAAAUGGAAGAAGUUCAAGAUGACGGUCAAUCACCCUCGGUCUGGGUCUCCAUGCAAGAUCUCACCUCGUGGGGCAUCAAUGAUCAUGACGAAGGUGAGGGAUCAGCCCAGAACUACACGGCAGGACCUGGUCAAUGACCUGAAGAGAGCUGGGACCACAGUCUCAAAGAAAACCAUUAGUAACACACUACGCCGUCAUGGAUUCAAUUCCUGCAGCGCACGCAAGGUCCCCCUGCUCAAGCCAGCGCAUGUCCAGGCCCGUCUGAAGUUUGCCAAUGACCAUCUGGAUGAUCCAGAGGAGGAAUGGGAGAAGGUCAUGUGGUCUGAUGAGACAAAAAUUGAGCUUUUUGGUCUAACCUCCACUCGCCGUGUUUGGAGGAAGAAGGAGGAUGAGAACAACCCCAAGAACACCAUCCCAACCGUGAAGCAUGGAGGUGGAAACAUCAUUCUUUGGGGAUGCUUUUCUGCAAAGGGGACAGGCGACUGCACCGUAUUGAGGGGAGGAUGGAUGGGGCCAUGUAUCGCGAGAUCUUGGCCAACAACCUCCUUCCCUCAGUAAGAGCAUUGAAGAUGGGUCGUGGCUGGGUCUUCCAGCAUGACAACGACCCGAAACACACAGCCAGGGCAACUAAGGAGUGGCUCCGUAAGAAGCAUCUCAAGGUCCUGGAGUGGCCUAGCUAGUCUCCAGACCUGAACCCAAUAGAAAAUCUUUGGAGGGAGCUGAAAGUCCGUAUUGCCCAGCGACAGCCCCGAAACCUGAAGGAUCUGGAGAAGGUCUGUAUGGAGGAGUGGGCCAAAAUCCCUGCUGCAGUGUGUGCAAACCUGGUCAAGACCUACAGGGAACGUCUGAUCUCUGUAAUUGCAAACAAAGGUUUCUAUACCAAAUAUUAAGUUCUGCUUUUCUGAUGUAUCAAAUACUUAUGUCAUGCAAUAAAAUGAAAAUUAAUUACUUAAAAAUCAUACAAUGUGAUUUUCUGGAUUUUUGUUUUAGAUUCUGUCUCUCACAGUUGAAGUGUACCUAUGAUAAAAAUUACAGACCACUACAUGCUUUGUAAGUAGGAAAACCUGCAAAAUCGGCAGUGUAUCAAAUACUUGUUCUCCCCACUGUAUGUAUACAUACAUGCAGACAUACAUACAUAUAUAUAUAUACACACACAUACACAUAUUUUGUAUAUAUGGGGAUUGUAAAUGAUGCAGACAAUUACAUUGAUGGAAGCUACAAUCUAUCUGCAAUAUUAAAGCUGAUCUACCCCCUUUACCUCCCUCUCUCCGUCAGGCCUUCAUCCGCCGCUGCCUGGCCUACCGCAAGGAGGAGCGCAUCGACGUGCUGCAGCUGGCCCAAGACCCCUUCCUCAUGCCCCCCUUCCGCAAGGCCCUGGCCACUGGAGCCGGGCCCUUGGCGUCGGGCUCCACACCCUCCACGUCCAGCGCCUUCAACAGCAGUGCCUCAAACUGA